GUUAUGGCCAUACAUGCAGUUUUCAAACCAAUCGCCAUAUGGAAAUUACAAUUUCAAUUCUGCUGGCGACUUGUGAAAAGGUGGAACAUUCUUAAAACAGGUAAUGAAGUAGUCAGUUUAAUUUUGGUGGCAGUCUUCUCUAGAAAAUUAUAACAUUCCUUCAUGAUGUUUGUAAGUAUGCCGAUACAAUUGAGAGCGCUAUUUAUAUUAGCCGUUAGCCUAUAACUACAGCAGUUCAGUGUCAGCGUCAGAACUCUAAACAUCGACAGAAGCCCGGCGUGAUUCGCACGUUGUGUUCACAAUCAUUGUCAGGAAUUCACAGUAUGGCUGAAGGAAAGUUUGUACAAGUGUGUUUCUGACGGACAAUUUACAUGUUAUCGGUGAAAUCAUAUACAAUGUAUCUGAGUUUGUGUAAGUUGUGACCUCACCAGUAUAAAACGUCAGGCAGGGGAUCACAAGGAUGGGCUGUGUGGUGUCUGACCGACGGUCAAAAGAAACGAUGAGAGAUAUUUAUUUGACACCAAAUACAACCGUAAGGGCCGACUCGGACGUCCCUUAUCCCGUGUACAUGGAUGACUUAACAUCGGAACAGAAACAUUUGGUGUCGUCAACCUGGCAGAUCGUCAGUGAUGACAUCGCUCGAGUGGGGGUCAUCACUUUUAUGAGAUUGUUCGAGAAACAUCCAGAAUUGCAAGAUUUGUUUGUGCCUUUUCGAGGGUUAAGUUCAGACGAGCUCCGCAGUAAUGUUCGACUACGUGAACACGGUCUGCGAGUGAUGGGAACCAUUGAAAAGGGAAUAGCAAGACUCUACAAGCCAGGGAAGCUAUACAAUAUGUUGUUUGACCUAGGCAGCAAACACAGAAUGUUUGACACCAAAGUGGAACAUUUCGAGCUUAUCGGGCCAGUUCUCCUCCAGACGAUUAAACCCACCAUCGGAGAGAAAUGGACACCGGAAGUGGAAUCUGCGUGGUUGAAAUUCUUCUGGAUGAUCGCCACUGUCAUGACUGAGGGCAUGACAGAUGUACCACAUAACAGCUGACCGUCAACAUGAUGAUGUCAGUUGAUGAAACAACCUACAUGUAUGUGGUAAAAUGGUUACCUGGUCAUGUGAUCGCAACAGCCUGCCAAAUAAUCUACAUGGUCACUUGAUCGCGACAGAUCUAAACCAUAUACCAAAUGUAUAACGGCUGGCCGGAAAAGGCUGGUUCUAUCCGACUUCAUAAGGACUGCGACACUGAAAUAUAUGUAUUUUAGUUCCGCUACAGCGGAAUAAAAUUGUACUAUUGGAUUUCCGGUUCAGGAAGUCGAAAUGAUGAUAUUAUAAAUCCAGUACAAGACGUCAGUCGAUUUAGGACAGAGAUGUGCUUUUACUUUGAAUUCUUUAAUGUCAUGAAAUCUUGAUGGUGGUGGUUUGUGAACAUUUAUUCACCACCGUUUUCAAAAUUGUGUACAUAUGGAAUCAUCCACAUGGGAAUGGAAUAAAAACUGUGUUCCGACGAUUAGACGCGUUGCGAUGAAAAGGGAUUAAGUUUCUCUGUAGCUCAAUUAGUACAUGGUCCCGAUUAUUGCCUGUAUUUUAAUCAUAAACUGGUAGAGAGGGUGCUCGUGGUUUGUUAUUGGUACCAGUAUCGUUCUCCCUCCUGUUAAAGUGUAAGUCUGCCAGGGGUGAUACAUAACAAAUGACUUCUCGGCAAUUGAACGGGAGUGCCUUAUGUGUAUGUCAGACUGAAUGGCUGUGUGUUUUAAGUUGCAGCCAGAGAUGUAUUGACGAUGUAUGAAAACAGAGACGAUGUAAAUAAAGAUACUAAAAUAUCAAAACGAUAUACAGAGAUAAUAAUCAUAUACACAGAGACAGCUAAACAAAACAAUCGUAAAUAUAGAGACUAUAUACAGAGAUAGAAAGUCAUACAAAACAGUCGUAAAUAUAGAGACUAUAUACAGAGAUAGAAAGUCAUACAAAACAGUCGUAAAUAUAGAGACUAUAUACAGAGAUAGAAAGUCAUACAAAACAGUCGUAAAUAUAGAGACUAUAUACAGAGAUAGAAAGUCAUACAAAACAGUCGUAAAUAUAGAGACGAUAUACAGAGAUAGAAAGUCAUACAAAACAGUCGUAAAUAUAGAGACUAUAUACAGAGAUAGAAAGUCAUACAAAACAUUCGUAAAUAUAGAGACGAUAUACAGAGAUAGAAAGUCAUACAAAACAGUCGUAAAUAUAGAGACGAUAUAUAGAGAUAGAAAGUCAUACAAAACAGUCGUAAAUAUAGAGACGAUAUACAGAGAUAGAAAGUCAUACAAAACAGUCGUAAAUAUAGAGACGAUAUACAGAGAUAGAAAGUCAUACGAAACAGUAGUAAAUAUAGAGACGAUAUACAGAGAUAGAAUGUCAUACAAAACAAUCGUAAAUAUAGAGACGAUAUACAGAGAUAGAAAGCUAAACAAAUCAGUCGUAAAUAUAGAGACGAUAUACAGAGAUAGAAAGUCAUACAAAACAGUCGUAAAUAUAGAGACGAUAUACAGAGAUAGAAAGUCAUACAAAACAGUCGUACAUAUAGAAACGAUAUACAGAGAUGAUAAACAUGUACACAAAGAAAGCUUGACACAACAGUUGUAAAUAUUUAAGCAUUGAACUGUUACCAAAUGGUAGUAUACAGUCGAUAUGGAUACAAUUUGGAUGACAGAUAAAUAGAAUGUUAGGGCGACAUGAAAUUUUUGGUUUUUUUUUUUCAUAAAUACUUAACUUUUAUUGUUGUAGUGUCUUGCAUUUCUGAAAAUUCGGAACGAUCCCCUGUGAGUGUGACGACAUUGACAAUUUGAUCAUAUUUUCUAGAUCAAGAAUGGCACUUAUAGUAAUUUCGCGUACACUACAUUUUUCUAAUUAUAAAAUAAUACUCUCAUAACUUGUGACAUUGCUUUAUUUUACGCUAUGGCUUCUGUAAGUAAAUACUAGCAUUCCAAAGUUCUCUAGACCGAAAGUAACUGGUGGCCAUCGUUCGACCUACAACACUUGGAGCUGUAUUCCUACUCUGACCGAAUUACUGUAAAUUGUAGUAUAGUCUCAUGAAUACAAUUUGGUUUACUAACGACAUAUAGACAAAUGCAACACAGAAUGUAAAUAUAGUGACGAUAUACAGAGAUGAUGAGUAUGUACACAAAGACAGCUUAACACAAUAGUCGUAAUAUACAGACGAAAUACAGAGAUGAUAGACCUGUACGCAAAUACAGCUUAACACAAUAGUCGUAAAUAUAGAGACGAUAUACAGAGAUAGAAAGCUACAUUGUAUACAAAGACAGCUUAACAAAACAGUUGUAAAUAUAUGAAGAUGAUGUACACUGAGACCAAGUCAUACGCAUACAGAGAUAAUAAGCAUGUGCAUAAAGGUUAUAAAUCUGUUUCUUAGAUGUGUAUCUAGGAAAAGGUAUUUUGUGGGAGGGCUAUCUCUAUCCUGCAUACAUAAAUAUAAUGAAAGAGUCUUUUCCCCUAUUUUCACUAGUAAAAAUGUCAUGAAAGAUCAUACCCAAACUUGAUGUUUGCAAAAAAAUUGACAUCCUUUAAUGGUUCAGUGAUUAACGAAUGUAUAAUUCACCGAUAAAAAUUGCCAAAACUUGAUCGACUUUUGACGUAUCCGUGAUCAAAUUGACAAACAUGCGGGGGAAAAAUUCUAUCAACAUUACAAUGAAAAAUAAAUGAGGAAAUCAAUUUCCAAUUGUAACAUAAAAUUGUUUUUACACUUAUUUUUCAUUGUUCAGUCACUUUUUUAUAAAGUACUACGUCACUGCGUGAUAUCAUGACUGUCAUUAUCCACGCCAUGAAGCGUUGAUGUUUUGUUUGUGGUAACAGGGCCUAUUCACGAUACUUUUGGCAACAUGAUGUGUGAACCAGCGAACAGUGACUCCACAGAGUAUUCUAACUAUUCUGUGAUUUAGAAUUAUACGGGUUAACCGGUUUUCUUGAUGGAAUGACGAAGGUAGGUCGGUCGAUAACUACGGUCAUUGGUCAUUGGAUGGGUAGGCCAUUGUUUGCCUGACAGCUCUACUGAGAGUACAGUAUACACAUUCUGUUACAAUUAAACAAAUAUUUUCU